GUGAUACUUUAAGGUGCGCGCACCAUUUAGUCAGGUCCAGAAUUUUUUCUUCUAUAUUCUAAUAUGAGUUACAAAGGGAAAGGAGUUAAAACAAAUGUAAACUUCAACACAAAGCAUCUCAAGAAAGGAGAUCCUCUUCCGCCAUACAAUGGAAAGUUGCGCUUGUAUAAUAUGCGACACUGUCCAUACGCACAAAGAAUUAACUUGGUACUACUUGCCAAGCAGUUGGACUACGAAGUGGUUAACAUCAACUUGAGAGAUAAGCCUGAAUGGUUGACAGCAAAAAGUAGAUUCGCUAAAGUGCCAUCGUUAGAGAUCGCAGAGGAUGUUUGCAUUUACGAGAGUCUCGUCAUUGUUGAGUACUUAGACGAAGUAUAUCCACAGCGGCCAUUAAUCCCCAAGGACCCACUGAAGAAAGCGUAUGACAAAAUUAUCAUUGAAGCCAUUGCGCCCGUGCAAUCUUUUAUCUUCAAGUUAAUGAUCAGCCCAGAGAGCAUUACUGAGGAUCAAGUGGUAGCGUUCCACAAGGCACUCAAAUUUGUGGACGAACAACUCGAAAGUCGUGGCACCAGGUUCUUGGACGGCUCGAAGCCUGGCUUUGUUGAUUACAUGAUCUGGCCCUGGUUUGAAAGAAUGCUGACAUUUAAGGAAAAGGACGACAGGGCCGCAAUUGAUGGGCAAAAAUACAAACUUUUGGCCAAGUAUGCUGACGACAUGCUACAAGAUCCAGUUGUUACCCAAUACCUGGUGCCCAAGAAUAUCUUUUUUCAGAUGUUGGACGAUAAUAAAGCGGGAAAACCCCCAAACUAUGACAUACUUCUAGAACCAGCAAAAUAACUAUGACAUGCUACAGUAUCUUAUAUUAUAAAUAAACAAUUUUUCACAGAAUACGUCUUUAACCUCCUG